AUGUCGUUCGUGGGGGGCAAGUUGAAGCUCAAGGGAGUCGAGGAGAAGAGGAAGAAAAAGAAGAAGUCGAAGAGCAAGGACAAGGAGAAGCAGCAGGUGCUCAAGGAGGAGCUCGAGGGGGCGGAGGCGAAGGGGGGGUCCCGGGGGGAGUCGGACGGCGGCGGGGACGAGGUGGACACGCGCACGGAGGCCGAGAAGCGAUACGACGCCUACAUGCGCAAACGCGAGCUCGAGCUGCUGCGGAAAAACGCCCUCAAAACCACAAAAGAGAAGGUGAACGAGUUCAACGAGAAGCUCGCGGCGCUGUCGGAGCACCACGACAUCCCCAAGGUCGACGGGUCCUGGUAG